CUCAUUCGACGCAAAAAGGUGAAUAGCUACGUGAUAUUCCUCCUCGGUGUGCAGUGAAUCGUGAAUUCCGCUGAAAGAAAAACCAAAUAUUGAGUGAUUUAACACGUGAAGACCUCUGGUAUCUUUGAGUAUUUUAUACAGAGAUUAUGAUAAAAUUAUAAUCCCUGGCGAGAUAAUCAUAGAACUAUGGCAACUAAUGGAGACGUUGAGAGAAUCGUCUCUUCAGUUCAGGCCUUGAACGAACUCAUGAUGAAGAGGAGAGACUCUCCUCAGUAUGAAUUAAUUUAUGACGGGAGAUCCAGAGGUGAUGGUGUGUUUACUUACCAAGUUUCCUGCUUUGAUCACACCAUAUCAGCUUCAGGGGAUUCUAAAAAAAAUGCCAAACAAAAUGCUGCUCAGUUGAUGUUGAAUUUAAUCAAACAUGACAGAGACCCAUUUUGUGGAAGUGAUAAACCAAAACGUGAAGUAUGGUGGACAAAAAUGCCGAUUAAUGUUCUACAGACCAUAUGCAGAUACGAAGCUCUUUCCUACCCCGAUUACGAGGAACUAGGUGUAUCAGGUCCUCCCCACGCUAGAUUAUUCACAACUCGUUGCACAGUGUCUUCAUUGACGAGAAAAGGUGAAGGACAAACUAAGAAGCAAGCAAAGCAGAUGGCUGCGAGGAGCAUGAUAAUUUUCCUGUGCGAGAUAAGCGAGAGUGUGAGGGAACGAAUCAAGAAAUUGGAAACUCUGACAAAAACAGACAAGACGGGAUUUCAGGCAGACGACAGAAAUGAAAACGUAAACAAAUUGAAUUCCUCCGUUUAUAACGAUUCGCCCGAGAAAAAUCCUCAGGAAAUCCAGACGCCAAAACGAUCGGACGUAAUUAUUGAAAAGUGCAAAACAAAUAGUCUACCUGUCACAUCCCCUCCAUUUAAUAUCAAUGAAAGAAUAAAUGAUUUAACCUUGAAUGUCGAGAAGAAAUCAAAAGCUGAAAACCAACAGUUGCACUGGCCUCAAGGUUCUCUUAUGUGUCAGCGUCGAUCUGUUAGGAGGACACUUCAGAAACUGAAUAAAUCUCUCAACCAGAAGUGCUUGAAGAUAACAGAGGAAUUCGUCUCCAGUAUUUAUGAGGAGAUCGAGAGAAUUCUGGCGUUUUUCAAUCUCGUGUCUGAUCAAAUUAUUCAAAGAACUGCUGAUGGAAAAUUCAUGAUGGCUCUCUAUGUGUCAACCAAUCCAAUGAUUCUUGAUGUUGCUGUUGACGAUGAUCAGAGCAGUCUGACAGCUCUGGUAUAUCGUCGGCUGGUCCAGAGUAUUCUUGAUAUGUUGGAGGGAUAAUUUAAAUAAUCAAUACAUAAUGGUAUUAAUCUGUUUUAUUUCUGUUCAUUUCCUUCUGAAAUUUAUCUGAUUUAUUUCAAGAUAUAAGAGAAACAAAAUAUUUUUGUUCUGGUUUUUUAAUGAGAAAAGUAAUUCCUCUCGAUACGCGAUGCAACCGCGCUUAUAUACUAUUUUUUUUUACCUCUUCUAUAAUUUUAUCCUUUUAUAUCUUUUAUAUUUUUUGGUUUUUAUUGUUUAGUUUGAAGAAUAAUUCAGAAAUAAUUUAAGCACAGUGCAUCCAAUCCAAUCGAAGAUCAACACUCUUAAA